AUGCCCAAACGCGCCCGCCCGCCGUCGUCGCCGCUCUCGCUCCCGCGCUGUGCCAAGCGCAGCCGCCCCUCGACCUCACCCUCGCCCUCGCAUCGCGCUCCACAACAGGCACACCUCCCCCUGACGUACGAGCGGCUCGCCCUCCACGAUAGUCUUGCCGAGAACCAGCUCAUAUCUGCACCCAUGCCCGCUGCGAUGCCGCCGCCCUCAUUGACUACUGGCGCCGCAUCGUCAUGCAGCGCCUCGCCGUCUAAGUCAUCAGACAAGGUCCGUGACAACGAGGACAAGCUGCGCUACUACAGCAUACACUUCUGCAACCGCCGAGUCCUAACCAAUAUGAUGCGACGGGGCAACCCUACCUCCACGCGAAGAUCACGAAUAGGGCCCUAUUCGUGA